AAGCCCAUAAUGAAAUGAAUUUUAGAUCACACUGGCAAGUGGAAGAUGCUGCAGUAUUACACACAGGAGUUUUUUGCGCCGAUCAUAAUUACUGGACACAUAAACGCCGAAAGGACUUUAGAAACAUACAUCGUCUCCGACUUGCUGUCGCCAGUACUCAACGUGACUGCUUCCAUUCAAGUCUAUAACUGGAGCUCUUUGGAUAGUAUCCUUGAAAAGAAAUUAACGUUAGAUUUGGAAGCGGGAAAGUCUCAUUUAAUCGAUUCCUUCGAUAUUGACGAUUUCUUAACCGAUGCCAAAUGUGGCGAACUGAAUACUGCUAGAUACAACUGCUUAAUAUACUUAACUUUGUACAAAGAGGGUAUAAGAAUUGCCCCAGAUAAUUUUGUCCUGCCUGACAAGAUAAAAUCAUCACGAGUUCAGCAACCAAAAUUGCAGCUGAGCGGAGUAACAAAGCAAAGUGACGAAGGAAUUUACGAAAUAGAAAUCGCCACAGACAAUAUCGCAUUGUUUGUAUGGUUGGAUACCAAUAAAAUCAAAGGACGAUUUUCGGAUAACGGAUUCUUACAAGUCAAUGAAUCUAGGAAGGUAUACUUUUACAGCGAAGAAGAAACAACAGCGGAAGAUUUGCAGAAAGAUUUGACCAUCACUAAUUUACUUGAUGAUGAAUAUGUUACUAGUUAAAGGAAUUGAACAAUAAAAUCUAUUGCAGUAUA